AAAAAUGAAGCAAAGAAAUGGCAGACACAGAGAUGAAGCAUGUGCAAGAAGCAUCUCCCAUGGUGGGUGGAGAUGGGUCUCAGAGCUAUGCUAAAAAUUCUGGUUAUCAGAAAGCGGUGUUAGAUGCUGCAAAGGAAUGGAUGAAUGAAGCCAUCAACGACAAGCUUGACUUUGCAAAUCUUGAUUUUGAUACAUCAAAACCAGCAUUCAAAAUAGUAGAUCUUGGUUGUUCAACAGGACCCAAUACCUUCUUUGCAGUGAAGAACAUUAUCGAAACCGUAGCGAAAAAAUACGAAACACAUUUUCAAAACCCUCAAUUGAUAGAAUUUCAGGUUUUCUUCAAUGAUUUCAAUGGAAAUGAUUUCAAUAUUCUCUUCAAAACCCUACCUUCAUAUCAAAACUAUUUUUCUGCCGGAGUUCCGGGUUCUUUUUACGCUCGUUUAUUCCCGAAAUCAACUAUCCAUUUAGCACACUCCUCUAACUCACUCCACUGGCUUUCUAAAAUCCCGCCGGAAAUUGUGGAUUGUGAGUCUCCGGCGUGGAAUAAAGGAAGCAUAUACUGUACUGGAUUUUCAAAAGAAGUUGCUAAUGCAUAUUUAGGUCAGUAUAAGAGGGAUAUGAAUAGCUUCUUAAAUGCUAGAGCUGAAGAAAUCGUUGGCGGUGGAUUGAUGGUUAUACUUGUUCGUGGGCUGCCGGACGGAAUCUUAAUGUCUCAGACCGGUUCCGGCGUCGUGCAUGAUUUGCUUGGUGGUUGCCUUACAGAGAUGGCUGACUUGGGCGAGAUUAUUGAAGAAAAGGUAGAUUCUUUCAACUUGCCUCUUUACCUCGCAACUUCGAAAGAGAUUAAAGAAAUUAUAGAAGAAAAUGAGCAUUUUCGCAUUGAAAACAUGAAAGAAUUAACCCACCCAAUUAUGACGAUGAUGAAGAAUACUAGGCCUAAUCCGGAGCUUGCUGUUUUGAGUCUAAGAGCCGUUCUUGAGGGAACCCUAAAAAAUCACUUCAAAGAUGAAGAGAUAGUAAACAAAAUAUUCCAACGUUUCACCAGCUAUCUUCAAGAAAAUUACUCUAAUAUUCAUAUAAUUGGCCAUUGUAUUGAACAUUUUAUAUUGCUCAAGCGCAAAAUUUGAACAAAUGCCAAUUUUAUUAAAUUUAAUCAAAAAUCAUUCUACAAUCUCUAUGCGGUAAUUUCUACACGUAUAGAAAUUAAAUCA